AAAGCCAUGUGUUGGGCUGUGGCUGCAGUUGCCCCUGGUCUCACCUGCUAUCCUGCAGCCACAGAGCCACAGGCAGCAUGGCCUCGCCACGAUGGGUACUGGCAGUCUGCGUUUCUCUAUUCUCAGUGUUAGGCACCGGGGAAUCGGUCACAACAACUGAAAGUCAGAAAUACACUUGCAGGACUUUUGGCAGCGGCGUCGUCCAGCCUUUCAACGGUUCAAGUUUCUACGUUCGGUCCAACUGCAUGUUCCUCCUCACCCACUUCACCCACCACCGGGUGGAGUGUGACAUCACAACACGGCGAGAGGAUGACGGGCUGCUGGCCCGAGUCGAGAUCAUCAUCAACAAAGUCAGGACGGUUGUGCAGAAUGGAAGCAUCCUGGUGGAGGGGAAAAGUGUUUCCCUUCCGUACGACCACACCUACCAGCAUAUCUUUCAGUAUGGCAUCUACACCAAACUGAAGAGCUCGCUGCUUCCUCUGUCCGUCACCUGGCACAAUGUUCCCGGAGGAGUAGACACUCUGUGGGUGGAGUUGGAGCAGGAGCUAAGCACCGACAUGACUGGACUGUGUGGAAAGCACACCACCCAAGAAUUUACAACGUCCAUGAAACCAGGAAACAAGCAGCAGUUGAUCACAGAGAGCGAGCUCGCUGAUGACACGUGUCAAACCCGAGAUCCUUUCUCCGCUGUCAAUCAUGCAUGCAGGGAGUUCUUUUCCUACACCCUGGAAUGUCUGCUAGCUCAGACGCCUCAUUAUAUUCAACUCUGUGAGGAGAACAUUUACGGCUGCGAAACGAGCAAAUACAUCGGAUGUGCUUUCUUCAAAGAAGUAGUCCAACAGUGUGGAGACAACAGCCAUGUCUGGGACAUUUGGAGAACGGUUACUCACUGUGAUGAGCCCAGGUGCCCCGGGAAUCUGGUUUACGUAGAACUGGGUGCAGCCUUUGUUCCCAGCUGCUCCAAUCGGAACCCAACCUCCUCCAACCAGGAACUCACCAGCUCCUGUGUCUGCCCUCAGGGUACGGUGCUCAAUGAUCACGAAGAUAGCUACCAGUGUGUGAGUGUGUCCAGCUGCCAGUGUGUGUUUGCUGGUAAAAGCUACUCACCCGGAGACAUACAUAGCACUAAGUGUCAGUCAUGUACGUGUGUCGAUGGGAAAUGGCAAUGCUCUGAAAACCUCUGCCCCCCCAUAUGUGUAAUCGAAGGGCAGUUUGUGACAUCAUUUGAUGCCAAAAAAUACGUCCUGCCUGGUAAAUGUACAUAUGUGGCUUCACAGGGUCUCUACUGGACAAUAACAAUAGAGUUUUCCAAAAAGGCACCCUCACUAAAAACUGUAAUUCUUCAGCUUUUUCAGGAAACGUAUACAUUCUCUCAAAACAGGGUUCAAAUUGGAGGGGAGACGAUCACUGAACUUCAUCAAUCUGAUCAUGCUCUGGUUUUCUGGCAGUCCUCCAUGUACGUCCAGGUCGACACAUCCUUUGGUAUGAAGAUCCAAGUCCAGAUGUCUCCUGAAAUCCAGCUGUACAUCACCCCGCCCAAAGACCACACUGGCGUAAUCUCAGGUCUCUGUGGCAACAACAACAACGACACCACAGAUGACUUCACCAGCAGCAGCGGGAUCAUCGAGAACUCUGCUCAGCCGUUCGCUCAGUCCUGGAGCGUGGGGACUUGUGCAGUGAACAUACCCCCCUGCAUCAACACUGACAAUGAGAUUUUCGCUGAUGAGAAGUGCUCAGUGUUGAACGUCCCCACUGGGAUAUUUGCUAAGUGCCAUGGUCAUAUCCCUACUAAUCACUACCACAUGGCUUGCAUCAAACGAACAUGUAACUGUGGCAGCAGCUUGUCUCAGUGCCUGUGUGUCUCUCUGGGUAGUUAUGCCAAAGCCUGUGCCAGUCUGGGUGUUGUGAUUGGUGACUGGAGGAAAGCUACCAACUGCACUUUGAACUGUCUAAAGAACCAGGAAUUCUCAUACGACACGCAAGCCUGCAGACACACAUGCCGCUCCCUGUCGGGCCCAGACCCCCGCUGCGGGCUGGACGACGCUCCGGUGGAGGGCUGCGGCUGUCCGGAGGGAACUCACCUGAACCAAGGAGACGUCUGCACCCGAAAGGCUGAGUGCGACUGUCACUACAACGGCGGGACGACCCCACCAGGGGCUGCUAUUAUCGACGGACGAAAUUGCCUCUGUGUAAAUGGAGAGCUGAACUGUUCCCAGGAUUGUGGGUGCAGAAAUGGAAAGGUUUGUGUGCAUUGCAGCGAGUACCCUGUCAACACGGCUCAGAAAACCUGUGAGAGUCUCAGCAAACCAAUGGGUACCAAUAUGACCUGUGUGAGCGGCUGUUACUGCCCACAUGACCAGUAUGAGGAUCACCGUGGACACUGUGUUUCUCUUGAUAACUGCACCUGUGUGUACAGCGGCAAAGUAUUCAGUGCAGGACAGCACGUCAGCACCGACUGUAAAACAUGUGUCUGCGGUCAGGGUCAGUGGCUCUGCAGAGACGAGCCUUGCUCUGGGAAAUGUCAGGUUUACGGCAACGGACACUACCAGACAUUUGACUCCAACUGGUACCGCUUUGACGGACAAUGUCAGUACACACUAGUAGAGGAUGGCUGUGGAGAUGAAAACAGCACCUUCUCUGUCAGAGUGGAGAGCGUCCCCUGCUGUGAUGAGGCGCUCACCUGCUCUCGCUCCAUCGUCCUCGACCUGCAGGACAAAGUCACCCUGACACUGAGCGACAUGAAGGUAACCAGACGCUACCACGAAGGCUGGACUCUGCAGGCAGACUCACUUUACUCCACACACACUGUCGGACUUUACAUCAUAAUCUCUGUGCCGAGCAGAGGGAUAACUCUCAUCUGGGACAAACACACCCGCAUCACUAUAGAGCUGCAAGCACACUGGAGGAACCGAGUCCGUGGCCUCUGUGGAAAUUUUGACUUCAAUGAGAUGAAUGACCUACAGAUAAGUGGCUCAGCAGUGGUGUCCAGCCCCUUGGCAUUUGGCAACAGCUGGAAAGUGGCCACCCCUCCCUGCUCGGAUGUGACAACAGAGAUAUUUCCGUGUGAACGCAACUCCUACUGCGCAGCCUGGGCCCAGCGGCGCUGUAUGAUUCUGACAGGAGACACCUUCAGUGAAUGCCACCUCAAAGUGGAUCCAACUUCCUUCUACCAUGCGUGUGUGCAAGAGUCCUGCUCCUGUGAGUUUGAAGGCAAGUUCCUGGGCUUCUGCACGGCCGUGGCAGCGUACGCAGAGGCCUGCAGCGACCACGAUGUUUGUAUAAAUUGGAGAACACCUGAUUUGUGUCCGGUCUACUGUGACUACUACAACGAGCAGGGCAUGUAUAGCUGGCACUAUGAAGCCUGUGGAAAGAUGCUAACCUGCGGCAAAGACAACUACAUCACUCACAAACUGGAAGGCUGCUACCCCAGAUGUUCAAAGGAGGAGCCAUACUUUGAUGAAAAUACUGGUGAAUGCACUACAUUGAGAAAUUGCACCUGUGACUUUAAUGACGCCAUCCUUCAGCCCAGGGCAGUGGUGAUGAUACAGUCUGUUGAGUGCUACUGUGAAAAUGGGAAAAUGAAUUGCCCACCUCCACCCACCACACCUGCCACCACCACCACUUCAACUACAACUGAAACAACUGUGUUUUCCACCACCAUUACUACACCACCAACUACAGCAGUCUUAAUUACGACUGAAUCAUCAUCAACAACACCCCGCAGCACCUCCUCACCAAUGACAACCACUACCAAUUUCUCAACUACCACUGGAGAUUGGUCAACCUUGCUUUCCACCACUGCUACACCAACAACUACAACUGUCUUAACUACAGAUGAAACAUCAUCAACAACUGUGCUUUCCACCACUUCUACACCAAUAUCAUCAACUGCCCAAACUACUGCUGAAACAUCAUCAACAACUGUGCUUUCCACCACUUCUACACCAAUAUCCACAACUGACUAUACUACCAAUGACACAACUCUAUCUCAUAGUACCACUACACUAACUACUACAACUACUAGAGCUUCGACAACUCCAGGUAUAUGUCAAACAGUGAAUUUAGAAAUUGAUAAAACACAGUUGGGGUAA